AUGACUUUCUUUCAGAAGCAUCCGAAACCAUGGCCGGCCACAUUUCUACAGCCGAGCAAGAACUCGUUCAAAAGAAAUGUAAGUUUUUCUGUACUGAUCUCUUUAAGGAGAAUUUUGGGAUAUUUGAAGUCAUGUUCUUCUUAUUUUAGACCUGCAUGUCAUUGUGCUAAUUUUAAGUUGCACUUCAAGAUAUAAAUCUUCAGUUUUGCUUUAAAAAUAUAUUUUUUCGUGUUCUUUUGACAGCGAGUAAGUCCAGGUAUUUUGUUUGGACGGAAGACCAUGAUGUCUUGAUGCUUCGCGAAGCUGUAACGAGCGAACCUUACAAUUUUAAACCGAAAAGCACCGAGAGAGGGAAAGUAUGGGAAAGCAUCGCAGCCUAUUUGAAUUCUCUGAAGACUCCAGAAUUCAGGGUUACAGCAAGGGCAGUGAGAGAUCGAUAUGCACUCCUGAUCUCCCGGCACAAACUAAAGCAAAGAGAAGAAGAGAAAGCCUCUGGGAUCGAUGUCCCCGAGCUCACAGAGCUUGAUGCCUUGCUGGAGGAAAUUCGAGAGCGAGAGAAAAGCGCAGAAGAA